AUGGGUGGACAGGGCGGACAGCCCGCUCAGAACCCUCAACAGUCUCAGCAGCAACAGCAGCAACAGGCACAGGCACAGGCGGCAGCAAUACAACAGCAGCAGCUCGCGCUACAGCUUCAAGGCUUCGUCCUGCGUCCGAUGGCUCAAGAGGCGUUCAAGGCAGUGUACAAGAGCUGGCUCGCGAAAACCCCGAAGGACCAGUCGCUGCUCCUCUACGAGAACCGCCAAGUAGACUUGUAUCAGCUGCAUUGCGAGGUGAUCAAGUCUGGAUUCCUCAACGGAGGCAUCAAUCGGCAAGCGCAGGCGGAGAGCGACCUAUGGGCCAUCAUCGGUGCGAAGCUCGGUUUCGUCAACAUUCCUGGCACGGAUACGGAGCCCGCUCGUUCCGGGCCUGCGUUCGCCCAUCGCCUUCAGGCCAUCUACAAGGAGUUCCUGCUCGGGUUCGAUCUCCAGUACCGCCAGUCCAUGGUCCGCCGGGCUCAAGCGCACCUAGAGCAGCAGCGGAAGGCAGCCUUAGAGAACGGCCUUCAACAACCGCAGAACCGACAGCCCGCUCCCGCCGGUGUCCCUGCUCACAAGCCCGCGAACGAGGUGCCCGAGCCCAAGCUGAUGGGCGACCUCGUCAGCUAUUCGGUCAUCCCCGCCGCCGAGCUCCAGCGUCGCGGCGUCCCGCACAACGUCAUCCAGCUCGUCGAGCAGAACCGCGUCAAGCUGCGGGAGAUGCACGACUCGCAGCGCAGCUUCCACAACGGUGUCGAGCAGAACUCGCAGAACGGGCAGAAUCAGGCCGGCGGCAUUCCCCAGCGGAACGUGUCGAACCCGAUGAUGGAGAUGCCGCAGCAGAACGGGAUGCCUAUGCAGAACGGGAUGUCUUCGCUCGGCCAGCCAAACGGUCAGCAGAUGCACUCGCAGGGCCCUAACCAUGGCAUGGCCGUACGCGCGAUGCCUCAGAUGGCUCCCGCCCAGCAGCAGCAGCAGCCGGGCACGCUUCAGAUGCGGCCAGUCCGGCCUUCCGCAGCUCAGCAGCAGCUCGCGUUGGAGAUGGUGGCGAGGGUGAAGGACGAGUGCAAGGGUAAGCGAGAUGGCACAUUUUGA